AUGCACAACACUGGAGUAUGUGUCUGGACUAACGUUUGUAUUGGCUUGGCUCUUCUAUUCUUCGUCACGGUGGAUGCAGAUCCCACGAAAGCUUUCAAUAACCCACUCAAUGGUAGAGCUGUUGAUUUAUUUUUGCUCGUGGAUGAGAAUAACUCAUAUAUGAGUGUCAUGCAAUUGGGAUUAGUAAAAACCGCUCUCCAGAACAUUGCCAAUGAACUCAAUCCUGUCGGAUCAACUCCGUCUUUUGGAGUGUUCUUUUAUGGGGCAACUUCAUCAGUUAAUAUCGUGGUGCCACAUCCAACCACUACUGCUUCAGCAUUCAAAGCCAAGUUGGACCUGAAACAAUAUUCAAUGAUGCAAACGAAUCCAUCGACAUUGAUGACAGCUCUCGAUAAUGUAGAUUCUGCUUGUCAAUCAGGAUGUCGACCAAGUGUACCAAGAGUGACUGUGGUGUUUUCAAGUGUUCUAGAUUUAAAAGCGCAAGCGGCUAUUCGUCGAUUAGAAGCUGGCCGUGGGAUGACGGUAAUCAUAGUUGGUAUCGGAUCCUAUGCAGGCACACCCAUUUUGAACCAGUUAGCUUCGCAUCCUGUGCAACACUAUGCGAUUCCUAUUGGAAAUUUGUUUGAACUGAAUGUUGUUGCUGCACACAUUAGUUCUAUAAUCUCUGAUGUACCACGUUUUCUGGAAACUAACAUCAACGCUCCAUUGGUCAUAACGAGUAUGUUAUCUGGUAUUUACUACACAGUACAACUUAAUACACAAGAAUACACAACCACAAAAGAUGUGCUCGUUAUGUUGACAACUAAUUGCCCAGGUUGUUCCGUCUAUGGAUCGCUAUCUGAACCAAAUCCUAUCAGUGCUAACACUGCUGCAAAUCAAGACCGUCAUAACUUUUAUGCUGCUGGUGGAUUUCCCAACAGCCAGUACUACUUUCAUAUCCCUAAAGGUACUGGUCGAAUUUAUCUCAGUGUCUUGGGAAAUGGAAUGGCUUCAGCCAAUAUUCUCGCCUAUGUAAUCAACUUACCAAACAUGAUGCAAGUUUCGGCCGCAAACGUUGAUGCAUCAUCUCUUUCGGAAACGAUUGGAUAA